AUGGCACAUCGCUGUAGGCCGUUAUGGCGGCGGUGGUCGUCUUUGGUGUCCUGGUGCUUGCCGCCUGUCCUGUGGUGGUUCUGCGUGUCCCAGGCGCUGACGGUGCAACGCGCGUCAGCCUCGACGGGGUGCAAACUUUCCGAGUUUAUGUGUGACAAUGGACGCUGCGUGAGCCUCAACAGGUACUGUGACGGAACAGACGACUGCGGCGACGCGAGUGACGAACAACUCGUAUGCUCGAACUGCAAUCGGACAUACUACGGUCAAAGGGGCGUCAAGUACGCCUUGCGCAUGAGCGAACCUUUCCAGCGACACCUGGCCUUCGUCUGCCGGAUGAACUUUGUGGCGCAUGGAGAGGAGUACGGGGACCUGGUCGAGAUCACGUUCCUGUCGUUCCAGGUGGGAUUCUACCAUCUGGCAAGCAACUCAAGUCCGAGCUGUCUUCAAGGUCACAUGAAAGUCACCGAGGAUCAGGACUCGAACGACGUGGUCCAGUCCGACCGCCCGUACAGUGCGCAGCCGCUGCGCCCCGUCAAAGACCGGAUACACCACGGCCACCACAGACCAUCGACAAGACUCGUCGACCGAGACAAAACCGACGUAGUCACGCAGCGCGCAGCCGAAUUCGGAGGAUUCUGCGGCAGCCUCGUCGGACGCAGCGCGACCUUCUACAGCGCACGACGAAACGUAAGCCUAACGGUGUCCUUCCCGGUCUCGUCUUCGGUCAACAUGGCGACGACGGGAGUCUUCCUCACGUACCGCUUCCUCAAGAGCACCAAAACUCACGACGACGUCUUCUACGGCGACCCGGUGCCGGGCUCGUACUGCGACCGCGUCUUCACCGACUGCCAUGAUAAGCAAUGCCGGAUCAGGUCGCCCAACUAUCCCGGCUUCUACCUACGAAACGUGACGUGCACUUACCACAUAAAGCAGACGCAGGCGCCGCCCGGACUCGUUUCCCAGAUUGUGCUGAAUCAGCGUAACGAGUACAAGAUCACCAUCCACAGCGGACAGGCAAACGCCGGCGGGGUCCUCUACAGCGCGUUGACGACCGAAUGUGCCGGGGACGUCGUCAGAAUAUCCGAUGGGUCUCCGAGCUCGGAGUCGGUGACCCUCCUCGAGUUCUGCGGGUCGGGGCCACUUCCGGACGUGACGUCGUCCGGACCGGAUGUAACGGUACAGCUCAUCAGCGUGCCUUACCAGCAGCUCCUCGAAUCGCGGAUGGAACUGGAUAUUUCGGUGCGGUUCGUAGACCCGACAGAAUUCAGGAUGACCGGACGCACCUGCAAGUUCAUUCUGGACAGCUCCGAUCGGCGCAGCGGGCAGGUGCACGUGCCACGACACACCAUCCCGGCAAACACGGUCUGCACGUUCGAGUUCAAAGGUCGGUCUCGUUUUGAACGUGUGUGGUUGUAUUUCACGAGUUAUUUUGUUCCCGAUCGGCAGCCGUGGACGAGCGUCGAGAAGUGCGAUGUAAGCCAGCUCGAAGUAUACGACUCAGCCGUCUUUGACAAUGGCGCAUACAAGAACGAAGACAAUGACACUUCGGGGCUCAUGGGUCGGUUCUGCGAAAAGUCGAGUCCGCGGGUAUGCAGCCAUGCGAACGACUAUCCGAACCUCAUACCAGCUCGGCCAUGUCACAGGUCGACCGAGAGCUACUUCUCGAGUAGUCCCACCAUGACGCUACGUUACAAGGUGUUUCAGAGCGGCGACGUCACGUCGAAGACCAGUUCCUUCACGGCACGGUACGAGUUUGUAGACACCUCUCAGAACGGAGAACCCAUGAACGACAGCCUCUGCAACCGCCUCUUCAAAAGCAGGACGAAGUCGAGGGGACGGGUUGCGUCGCCCAAAAACACUUUCUUCUACGGACGCGGCGGCGAGAAAGACUUGACGUGCGCGUACCGAUUCCUCGGAACAUCGCAACAAAGGGUGCGCAUACGGAUCGACAAGCUUCACUUGUCAACAGAAGGUUGCUCGACACUUUACGACGCCAACCAGCUACGCUACACUUGCAGGCAGGGCGGUAGGUUACCAACAUCCGUUAGACGGCGUCGCCUUGCGGAGCUCAACAUGUCGGAAUCCUGGUUCGGCAUAUCAAUCCCAGUGGGCUGUCUAUGCAGCAAUUCCACGUUCCUCUCAUCGCCGCUUGAGCUGACUUCGGUUGGCAGCGACGUCAUACUCUCGUUUACCGUACGGGGGAUGGCCGUUCACGAAGACUUCACCAGUUUCGGUUUUGAAGCAACCUACGAAUUUCUCCCGCCCAGCGACUGCGGUGCAGACACCGGUCUUCUCAGGGGUCACGUCGGCGAGGCUGAACUUUCAUCUCCAGUGUUUCAGGAAGAUGGCCCUGGCGUAGGAGCCUACCGCAGCGGAAUCUUCAAGCGAUGCCGAUGGCUCCUGGAAGCCUCACCGGACAAGUACCUCUACCUCCAGGUCAUCGGUGGUCGGCAGAGCAUCAGCGACUGCGGAGACAACCGUCUGCUGGUCUACUCAGGCGAGAACUUAAGCCACGUGACCCUCGUUUGCGCGUCCACGUCAUCGGUGGAGGACCCCAGCGCGGUCGACAUCUUUUCUCCGGCUUGGGCAAAUGAAACCAGGACUGCAACGUCUUUGAGGCCCGAACGGUUAUUGCUCGAGACACUCUGCUCGGAGGAGUCUUCUAGCUUUAGAGUGCGAUGGAUGGAAGUUACCAGGCCCUUCUUCAGGACGCGGUCGGGUCAGACCAUGAGGAACGUCGACUGCCUAUACGAGUGUCCCGAGCUUGACGCUUGCAUCAGCCCUGAAUUGUGGUGCGACGGUGUGGCGCACUGUCCGUCGGGGUAUGAUGAGGUGCCCGAGAAUUGCUCGAGGUUUCCGACACUCCAGGUGAUUCUCGGAUGUGCGGGAGCGCUAGUCGUGUUUGUAGUAGCGCUGGGAACACUGGCUCUCAUGAGGAGAUCGUGCCAGUUCAAAAAGUCGAAGUCAUCUACUCCUUCUGGACACCCUGUGUCGUCUGAGGAUGUCCCCAUGGACAGUAUCUGACAAGAGGCCAACGGGAAAGAUGUCAUUGAGAAGGACACUGUUAGAGACAAGGAAAGUGUUCAGGACGAUGUGGCUUAGUCUUUCCCGGCCAUUAAGGUGGUGCGAAAGUGUCGUGCGACGGACAGUACUCGAUGAUUCGUCUUUCCAAAGAUCAUUGAACCGCGUUAAAGAAGAACUUUGAUAUGUCAAGUCAGAAACACAGUUUUAUGUGAAUUUCCUUCGGGAAGAUGGUGAAAGAUACAGAGAUUGCAAAGAAAGAAAUAUUGUGAUUUUUGUGGAGUCCUGAAGAAAUAUUUUUUAUCUAGAUGAAUCACGGGCUGCUCUUAGAGGAUACUGUGUCACGUGAAAAUGUAAAGAUGAACGUUAGAAUGUGCGUCGACGCUUGAUGGUUUUAUGAGCGGCAUACCUGCGGAUGAUUUAGCAGGACUUACAUUUUUGCACUCAGGUAUUUCAGUCUUCAACAAAUUAAAGAUAGGUAACCAUCAGGUUCCAGUUACU